UAAGUGCAAAGUGCAUUCAAACUGAAAGAAUUCUACAGAAAAUAUAGACAAGCGUGGUGAGGUUCAAAACAUGGAUGUGGAUAGCACUGAUUUCGAGUUUCAGAUGAUCCUUUGACAGUUCAUGGAUGAAAGACUUCAUAUGGUCAGGUUUGCUGGUACAGUGUGAGAAAAGGCAAUUUGAUGUGUUCUGGAGAGCCUCGGGAGUACAAGAUGAUAGCUGUCUACCCACCUGGCUUCAUCUGAAAGCUGCAAGUAACUGAAGCUGGACUGGAAUUGGCUCCAGCAGUAAACUCACAGGAAGAAGGAAUUUAAAGGGGAGCAGACUCUGUGUAGUUCAGCACCUCACUCUCUUCAAGGUUAUAGAGUGGCUACUGGAAGCCCCAGAAUCCACUUAUUUCCCUAUUCAUCCCCAGCUGUGAAGAGAGAGAGAAUUAGGUCUCCACACCAUAGAACAUAGGUACCCUCCAAGGUCUUUAGACUGCCCUAGGUCAUGUGCCUAUUCCUGAACCAAUAGAAGUCACCAGAGCAAUACUAUGAGCUUGGACUUUUAAUCCGAACCAGCACUGGAGCUGGGGAAGGAGCUUAGCUGCCUGAGUAAAACGGAGCUUCUGGAGAGAGAGUCCAGCCUCUGUACGAAGCUGAAAUCCAUCACCAUCAUUCAAAAAUGCAAUGGAAUCUACCACGGACUGUGUCUCGGCUGGCACACAGGACAUGCUUGGAACCACAGAAAACUGGUCUCUUUGGACACCGCCAGAACUUAAAGGGACCAUUACUUUUGAAUAACACUGAAUCUAAAGUAGUUUGGGUUGAAGAUCCUCAAAAGCAAUGGCUCCACUUACCUGCUGCCCAGUGCCUUGCAAAGGAGAGGAAGUCAUCGGGUACUCAGAUACCCCGACAGGGGGUCCUUUGCCAAGAACAGUGGGAACAGGUGGUUUUGUCCAAGAGGGUUUUGUCGUCCAGUGCCACAGGCAAAGGGACUCCUUCAGAAAAAAAGGAAGAGCUUGAUCCUUUACAAGACAAAUCUAUUAGUCUUUAUCAGCGAUUUAAGAGAACAUUGAGGCAAUAUGGGAAAGUUUUGAUUCCUGUGCAUCUAAUAACUUCUGGUAUUUGGUUUGGAACAUUUUAUUAUGCAGCCAUAAAAGGAGUGAAUGUCAUUCCUUUUCUGGAGUUCCUCGGGCUGCCUGACAGCGUCGUGAACAUCCUGAAAAACUCCCAGAGUGGAAAUGCCCUGACGGCAUAUGCCAUGUUCAAGAUUGCAACACCAGCGCGCUACACCGUGACCUUGGGAGGAACCUCCUUUACCGUGAAGUAUUUGCGCAGUCAUGGAUACAUGUCCACACCACCCCCUGUCAAGGAGUAUCUACAAGACAGGAUGGAAGAGACCAAGGAGCUCAUCACAGAGAAAAUGGAAGAGACUAAGGAUAGACUCACUGAAAAACUACAUGAAACCAAAGAAAAAGUUUCUUUUAAGAAAAAAGUGGAAUAGGGUGCCUUGUAUAACAAAUUAUAGAAAGUUCCUGCACUUUAACCCUCUGAAGACUUUGGGCAAAGAUAACAAGCUUCUGAUUAUUUUUUGAUUAGUUGCCUAAGUAGACCAGUUCUCUGAGGGUUAAAGAAUUAAGAUACCUUUUUAAAGUUUUUAAAGUUAAAUAUCCUACAAAAAUCAGUGUUUAAGAGGAAGAAAUGAGCCUAGUAUAGGAUUGUAUAUCAGUGGCAGAAGGAAGCAGUGGCUACUGUUUUAGAAUCCAGGGUUCUCUUCCUGGGUCUUCAGGAUCUCUCUGCUUCAUGUUCUCCAGUGUGUGCAGACCAGACCGUUGACUUCUUGAAUAACCAUGGCCCGUAGGCAGAGUGCUGAUACUGGGGCUUAGUCUUCGUGUUAUUCAUUAAGGUUUUAACUAUAUUCAGUUCUCUGUGGAGACAGACUUGCACCUGUGAAUAGGAGGGUAUUAGUCUUUCUAUGAAAAAGAUCUAAAGUUUACUUACUAGUUAAAAAUAUAAUCUUAUAUGAAGAAAGUGGAAUAAAAAUUGAAUCCUAUAUAUAAAUAAGAUGAAUUGGUUACAGAUAAGUGAAAAAUGGACCCUUUCGAGAUGACUUUUACCCAAAGCUUGUCAAAAUCACUUUUUUAAAGCAAUUAUACAGCCAAAAUGCCUUUUCAAAAUUGGGUAUUGGUUGUGGCCACUUAGAAUAUCACUUUCCAGUGAAUCACUUCCUGUCGUCUUUACCUAAUCUUUCAAGGAGAAUUGAAGGUUUUAUUAAGUUUAUGGUUGAAAUCAGAUCUUCUUCAAUAGCAUCUCAGGCUCAUGAUUCCCAGCAGGGAGAGAUUUGUGAGACCACAGGUGGGACCAGGAUACUGUGGGGACAGCACUGCCCCUGGGCCAGAGGGGCCUUCUCCCAGAAAGGUAGUGCGACCUCCCAGUAUCCAAUCUCAGAGUUGGUGUUGAUUUCAUAUGGAGUGAAUCUUACAAUUGUGGCUGCUGCUUUCUCUCACAUUGAAGGAAAAUACCCUUGCUUUAGUGUUCUACUUGAUUGUUUUAUAUCGAAUCUAUCACUAUCAUUAAACUCUUUGCUUAGAAUGAAAUCUAGUGGUUGUCAGAAACUAUGGGGGUGUACUUGGGUAUGUGUGUGUUUUCUUUUAUACUAACAACUUCUACUUCAGUUGCAGAGGAGGAAAUGGCCCUUUCAGAGGCCGCUGCAAGAGAACGUCAGAGAUUGCCUCGUGGCUAUCCUGCACAAUCCCUACUGUUUGGCAGGAUUUUCCUAUCAAAUGUAAAGUUUAGAAAAUAGUUCAAGGCUGGGACUAUAGCUCAGUGGUAGAGCGCUUGCCUAGCAUGUGUGAGGCACUGGGUUGGAUCAUAAGCACUACAUAAAAAUAAAUAAAUGAAGUCAUUGUAUCCAACUUCAACUAAAGAAAAACAUUAAAAAACAAAAGAAGAAGAAAGUUCAAAGGGCAAAAAUGUUGCAUUUGACACCUCAGAUUGCUCUGUAGGAAGUCCCUCAGGGACUGUGCUGUGUGGUUAGAAUCUUCUUGGGUUGGGGAGUGGCGCAGGCACAGUGGUGCCUCUGCUUUGCUGGUGCGGGGUGCAGUGGGCUGCCUCAUGUUGAUGGCACAGUAUCAGAUUUAAAUAUGGUUACACAUGUGAGCAUGUCUGUAAAACAACUGGGAUAUGAAAUGCUAAGAUAGUAACAAAUUUCUUGUUUCUUUUUAUUCACUUUUGAGUGAAUCUUACAGUUUCACUGGAUUAAAAUUGGUGUUACAUGGAA